AUGAAUGAUAUUAUUCCAGAUGCCUUUGUGAACAGUCAGGAAUGGACAUUAAGUAGAUGUGUGUGUGAUCUUAAAUUGGGUAUAGUUGGAACGUUCAACAGUGGCAAGUCCCCUCUUGUUCAUCACUAUCUCACCGGCUCCUACUUGAAUGAAGAGACUUUUGAAGGUGGGAGUUGUGGUAUAAGGAGUUAA